GGAACUGACUGAUAGUGCUUUCCCCCAGCCCUUGCAGGAGGGCUCUGGAUAUUCCCUCCACACCUUGGCCAUCUUCUCCUUGAUGAGGAAACUGAGUCCUGAAGAGGGACAGUCCUCCUAUCCCAAGUCCCUCAAAAGAGAAGUGAUCAUGUCUCAAGAACCUCUCCACGUGAAGACCCCCAUCAGGGACAGCAUGGCCCUGUCUAAGGUGGCCGGAACCACAGUUUACCUCAAGAUGGACAGCGCCCAACCCUCGGGGUCAUUUAAGAUCCGGGGCAUUGGACACUUGUGCAAGACGUGGGCAGAGAGGGGCUGUGAGCACUUUGUCUGCUCUUCAGCGGGCAAUGCUGGCAUGGCCGCAGCUUAUGCUGCCAGGAAGCUGGGCAUCCCUGCCACCAUCGUUGUGCCCAAUACCACGCCCCCCCUCACCAUCCAGAAGCUCAAGGGUGAAGGUGCCAUGGUCAAGGUCGUAGGUGAGACGCUGGACGAGGCGUUUGAGUUGGCGAAAGCUCUUGCCAAGAACAACCCAGGCUGGAUCUAUGUGCCUCCCUUUGAUGACCCCCUCAUCUGGGAAGGCCAUACCUCCAUUGUGAAGGAGCUGAAAGAAAAUCUUCCUGGGAAGCCAGGGGCCAUCGCCCUGUCAGUGGGUGGCGGGGGCCUCCUGUGCGGCGUGGUGCAAGGCCUGGCCGAGGUGGGCUGGAAGGAUGUGCCCAUUGUGGCAAUGGAGACCCAGGGGGCCCACAGUUUCAAUGCAGCCACCAAAGCUGGCAAGCUGGUCACACUUCCCAAGAUUACCAGUGUGGCUAAAGCCCUCGGGGUGAACACGGUUGGGGCUCAGGCCCUGAAGCUGGCCCAGGAACACCCCAUCUUCUCUGAAGUGAUCACAGACCAAGAUGCAGUUAGAGCUAUUGAGAAGUUUGUGGAUGAUGAGAAGAUCCUGGUGGAGCCAGCGUGUGGGGCAGCUCUGGCAGCUGUCUACAGUCAAACAAUCCAAAAGCUACAGGGUGAAGGGAAGCUCUCGGCCAAGUUGUCCAGCGUGGUGGUCAUUGUAUGUGGUGGAAGCAACAUCAGCUUGGCCCAGCUGCAAGGGCUUAAAGAGCAGCUGGGCAUGAAAACUAGCUGAGUGCACUCCCACCAACCUCCUCCGGCACCCUGCCAAGGAUGGGGCUGGAGUUUUAUCCAGCACCCUAUUUUAUUAUUGUUAUUAUUGUUGCUCUAUUGUUGUUGUUGGAGGGUACAUAUCCAUGGGGCUAGAAGAGACAAAUCUCUUUCUGGUAUGGGGGCCAAACCUAGAGAGAAAGUCUUCAGUCACUUGUGAACCCUGACUGUACAUGAGGAAAAGGGAAGUGUUAGCCUGCUCUGGGACUCCUACUUACCCCCAUUUUAAUCUAUCCCUUCCACCAGUCCCAUGGAAACCUGGGUACCCCGGGAAUGAGGAGGGAGGGGCAGAGAUGGGUCACAGAACUUUCACACGGUGUCCCUAUCUCUGUCUCAGAUUAGAAAAAAGGGGGGCAGAAAGGUCAAAAAAGAAGGCUCGAGGCUGGACCAGGGAGUGAGGAGUAUUUGGGUUUCUUCUCCAUAGCCCACCCCUCUUGGUUCCCCUUCUCCAGGGCUGGGGAGCCAAAACCAGCCCUUCCUCAUUUUUCUAAUGUCCAGAUUUUUUUCAUUGAAAAAAAAGAAAGAAAAACCAAUAUACAUCUAUUUAUGAAAGGUGACCUCUGGGUCUGUUAUUUCCUGAGCAUCUUUCCCUUUCUCUUUCUGCUGGGAAGCUUAAUGUCCCCAAGAAGGAUGGUUUCCUUAAUGACACAUGGAGGCUGAGGAAAACAUCCCCUCACCCUAGCUGUGUCUCACAGAGGAGCCAUUCCAGGCCAGGAGAAACAGAGGAAACAGAUUUUGCUGAAAUCUCAGACUCCACGAACAUCGGAGAGAAGAAAAUGCUGGAGUCAGAUCCAACCCUAGCAGGGACAGACAGCUCCUGGCUGAGCCCCUACUUCAUGCAGGGAAAGCUUUGACCAGCAGGGGACGCUGUGGUGCUACCUAAGGCUGGGAAGAGCAGAAGCUCAGGAAAGAUGCAACAUUUUAAAGCUAAAGAUGAUGGGACUUGCUACUUUGUCAAGUGCAACAUACAUUUAAUUAACCAUACAUACCGGACAGAGGGCUGGUCUCGUAGAUUCCCAAGCCUGAGUCUGACACAGGCUGUCUGUAUGAUCCUACACUGAUCACUAGAAUUUCUCACGAUUAAUCAAUGAAAUCCCAAGUCCAAUCCCUAUUCUGUGCAGAGGCUUGGAGAUACAAAGAUAAAAAAAAAAAACAAGUCCUGCCUUUAAGAUUACUUUUUAUUGCAGACAUUAACAUCCAUUUCUCAAGUGUAUUAAGGUUUACAAAGCACUUUCCUCAAAACCACCGAGUGAGGCAAGGAGCGUCAGGUUAUUCUACUCAAAAAAAAAAA